ACAAGUUUUUAAUUUUCAAACAAGGAAACAACAGUUUACGAGGGACAGUGAAGGGCCUCGUGCACAUUGUACAUGUAGGGGCGUUACCUUCAACUGUCUAUGGGCGUUACGCCACUUUGUGAGUGCUUUACGGUUGGCUUUUUGUUCGAAGAAGUGAACCACCCUGCUGCUGCUGAGUUAACCAAGAGAUCACUGGACUCCGAUGUAGAAGUCUCAUGACAACAUUAGACCAACGCGGAAGACGGACAGAAGGUUUUGACGGGGACUAUUUUACAUUAGUCAUUGUAGGGGACAAAACAGUUUACAGGGUGCCAAAAUGACUUCCCCUGUCCGUGUCAUCGUGGUGGGAGCUGGCAGUCGAGGGGAGAUCUACUCCCAGUAUGCAUCUAUCCACCCUGAUCGAGUUAAGGUUAUUGGAGUAGCUGAUCCAAGGAAAUUUGCUCGCACUAAACUUCAACAACAACACAAAAUUGUAGAUGAAAACAUAUUUGAAGACUGGCAGGGUAUAGUUGAAAGAGAGAGGUUUGCAGAUGCAGUGCUAAUUUGUACUCCAGACCGCCUUCAUAAGGAACCUGCGGUGGCCUUUGCAAAGAAGGGUUACCACAUUCUGCUGGAAAAACCAAUGGCAACAACUGCUGAAGACUGCAAAGCGAUUGUGGAGGCUUGCACUCAGGGUGGCGCGAUGCUAUCAGUGGGUCAUGUUCUUCGGUAUGAUCCUGUCAUCCACAAAAUAAAGGAGCUGAUAGAUGCCGGAGUCAUAGGUGAUGUGAUACACAUUCAGCACCUUGAGCCGGUUGGGUUUUACCACUUUGCUCACUCAUUUGUUCGGGGGAACUGGAGGAAUGAAGCUGAGAGCUCUUUUGCUCUUUUGGCUAAAUCGUGCCAUGACAUUGACCUAAUACAUCACUGGGCUGGAGCACGCAGGUGUGUGAAAGUGUCAUCAUUUGGAUCUGUCAGCCACUUCAGAAAAGAAAACAAGCCAACAGGUGCUGGAAAUCGCUGCCUGGAUUGUUCAGUAGAAAGAGACUGUCCAUACUCGGCAUGCAAAAUCUACCUGGAUAGAGUGAAACGGGGUCACACUGGCUGGCCUGUAUCAGUCAUAUGUCCAAGCUCGUUCCCAGACAUCGAGUCAGUAACUGAGGCCCUGAGGACUGGACCAUAUGGCCGCUGUGUCUACGAAUGUGACAAUGAUGUCUGCAGUAACCAGGUUGUUAACAUGGAGUUUGAAGGGGGUCUGACGGCAGCCUUUUCCAUGGUGGCGUUUACUGAGGAGAUGUGCAAGCGGAAAACAACCAUCUAUGGCAGCAAGGGGGAGCUGUCAUGUGACAGCCAUGAGGUACACGUGUUUGACUUUCUGACCCAAAGAUCCACAAAACACACAGCACGCAAUGACGCCCCAAGGCAGUUUGGCAUAAGUGGACAUGGUGGAGCAGACUACCACCUUAUGGAUGCCUUUAUUUCUGCUGUGGCAACAAACAAUCCAUCCCUGAUCCGUGCGGGUCCUAAGGAGACGCUGCUGAGCCAUUUGCUGGUGUUUGAAGCUGAGCGCUCACGACUGGAGAGCAGGGUGAUAUACUGUGGUGACACUGGCCAGAGCUAGACGACUGAAAAACACAUUGACAUUAAACUGAUCUCACCCUAAACAUCAAACACUAUAAUAAAAUGGAUGAUGAGACUCUUCUUGCUUCUACUAUCACCUGAAUGGAGGGCAAAAUUGUGUAAUGAGGAUGAUUAUUUAGUGUGGAUUGCUUGUGUGUGUGUGAUGAGCGAUUCAGUCUGUUAAGUUAAAGUUAAAAUUAGAAGUACUAUGAUGCCAAGAACUUGAUUAUUGUUAGUAAGCAAAAUUUAUAUUGUUAUAAUUUCUAGUAAAAAUGUGAAAAUCUGUGUAAUUUAAAUUGUCUUUGAAUCAUUGUUUGGGCUUAAUGUCAUUCCCACCUGUGUCAGUGUGCAGAAUACAUUUCAAGAUAUUCAUGAAUGCCGACCAGUUUGUUGAGAGUUUAUCUGUCACCCUGAGCAGCUUCUUGAAAUGCUCAGGGGUUAAAUAUAAAAAA